AUAUUUGGCAUCUCUUGUAUGGAUAAAAUCAGUGAUAUGUCAUCAAGGACUGUAUAUAUCAAUCUUAAUACUUGGAAGUGGAGGCUUUUGGAAGUUCUGAAAGGAUAUUAUCCAAUGGUAAUACACAAUUAUUCAAAUGUCAGUGCUGGACAGAAAAGGAAAAGAAAGGUUAACCCUAGAGAAAGAGAGGAUAAAGAAUAAAAUGCAUAUAAAGUUUAGUUACAAGAAAUAUAGUGAAGCUUUUUUUUGGCUUUAGCGAAGCAUGAAUGUGCACUUAUUUUUAUGGCUGUCUUACCCUUGUGACAUAUGGCCAUAUUAGUGCAGCUAUUUUUUUCUUGCCAUGUAUUUAUUUGAGAAUAGUGUGGACUUUAAACCCCCUAUUGCCAGUGUGCUUUACAUACACACAUGUUUACCAUGCCAUACUCAUUCAAAAAUGAUUAUUUUAAUCUGUUACUCUGCAAUUAUUUGAAAUGAUUGUUCAUUUGUCCUCCCUCCUCCCCAUCCCUUUUCUUGUUGUUUGGUGGUGUCAGGGUGGAUAGCUGUUUUGUGUUUUAUGGUAGCAAUUUAAAUCUCUUUCAGCUUUUCUGGUUGAGUGAAGUUAGAAGUACCAGGUCUCUUUUAGUUUGAAACUAUUCCCGUCAUAUCAACAUGCACCAACAUGAAAAGAAUAAAAAAAAUUACCAUUUACUCUUGCUGGAUGUUAUUUUCGGGAAUGGUUAUGGCUAUCAACAAGAAUGUUAAGGCCACCAAAACUAAAAUACACAUAUACUUUUUGCUUAGUUGUAAACUGUCCAUUGUUUUUGGUGAUAUCUAUUGAUUUGUAUUUUUCAUUCUUGCAGGCUGAGAGUGCAAUAGCAGCUCUUAAUUGUAGUGGUGCAAUUCUAGGAUCCCUGCCUAUAAGGGUAAGCCCAUCAAAGACGCCUGUUCGCCCCCGUGGCCCUCGUUCUGUAAUGCACUGAACCAUCCUUGCAUGUUUUCUCUCUCCUGGACUGAUCAGUCCACUAAUUAUAUAUAUUUACACAUACAUACAUAGAUACAAAAGUAUAUUUAAGGUACCUGUGAGGCUUAUAUUUAUGAUAUUGUCCUUGCAUCCCAAGCUCGGUAUCUUUGUUAUUUAAAGGGAGGGGUAAUUCUGGUUGGUCUCUUUUGUAGAGUUGGAUGGGGUUUCGAGGAUGUGAAUGUUUAAUUUGCACAUCACAAUGAACUUUUUAGGGUGAAUCCCUAAAGACUGCUUUUGCUAUUUUUCUAACUGCUGAUUAGUUGAAAAGACUAUUUCCUUGUGCAACUUUAGUUA